CAACUUUCUUGCUAACCAACGAAUCUUGCUCAUUAACUUAUCUCUUCAUCUAUAAACAAAUAAACAAUUUAGCAAAAUCUUGAAGAUUAAUUUACGUCCAUUUUUCUGCUUUCAGGAUCAGUCAUCGAAACAAUGCCCAUGAAUGAGUCAAGGACAAUGCUGAGAAUAAUUAUUAUUUAUUAAAAAAGUCUUGACUUUACAUAAGUUUCUUAAUGUGCGGUAACUUAAAUAUAGCAGCAUCACUUCCUUGUUUAAGACAAAAGUAAGGAUAAACAUUAAUUUGAUUGUACUUUACCAGAUGAUCACCAGUGCAGAUUCAUCAGUGCAUAAGAAAACCUCAACAAUGGGCUUAAAAUCUGUAAUAUUCUGCAUUCAUACCAUUCUUCUGGUGGGUCAAACAAUUUCUUCAACUAUAGACCUUAGUUUUGACCCAAAUAGGAUCAAAUUCUAUUUAAUCGCAAGUUCAGGUUUUCCAGAGGAAAUUGAAUACUUGGAUAUCUUGUCGCUACAAAGCUGUUCAAUUAAAAGAGGGGAGCCCACAAUUUUUCUCAUACAUGGAUUCGCUACCCCUGUGAAUUUUAUCCUGGCAAAUAGAAGUUUGAUACUGGAUUUUUUAAGGAUUCCCAAAUUCACGGCGAACUUUAUCCUUGUGAACUGGUCAGGAUUGUCUGGCAGCUUUUUGAAUCCUGUCCACCAUCCAGACCUGGUUAUUGGCAACGUCGCCAAAAUUGGGGACAGAAUUGCGGAUUUUAUAAAAUGGCUGGAUAUGGAAGGGGGCGUCGAUUUGGAUAACACUCACUUAAUUGGUAUAUCCCUUGGGGCGCAUAUUGCGGGACGAGCAGGUGCAAAAAUUCAGCAGGAUAUGGGAGGAAGAAAGAUAAUGCGAAUUACGGGACUCGAUCCAGCAGGUCCACCCGACAAUCUUGGAGUCCCGCAUUGGAAGCUAGAAAAGAACGAUGCCAAUUUUGUAGACGUCUAUCGUUCAUACAUUGGACCUAACUAUGACGACGGGAUAUUACAUGCACAUGUGGAUUUUAUAAUAAAUAAUGGCCAAUCCGAACCGGACUGCAACUUGGUUGCGAAUGUUUUAUUCUGUAACCAUAACCUGGCUGUUUCCAUGUUUCUGGAUUCCAUGAGGAAACCGUACACUGCAUGCCAAUGUUCACAAGGGGAGCUGGAUGCGUCAAGUUUCAAACUGUGCAUGGCACAGUGUCCACUGCCCGUCGUUGCGGGGAUAAACGCUCGAAAUUCAUCGAGAGGAGAAUAUCACAUAAUUUCUCGGAAUGUGCCACGUCUGGGUGAAAUUUUUGCAAGGAAUUAAACCGAAGGAUCAAAUGGUGGAGAGUAGUACUUACAUAAGUGUAUUAAAUAAAAAAAUUAUAAUCUCAAAAUUCCCACUGGAAUUUAAUUUUAUUCAUACACGUUCGAUUUUAACCUUUGCUAGAUGCAAUCGUAUAGAAAUUUUGGGAAAUCAUGUAGCCAAUGACCAGUGAAUCGAUUUAGUCAAUCCGUAAGAUUGAUACACACAUCAUUAUUCACAUACAUUUUAUUUAUUGGACUCGACACGUCGUGCAAGAAUUUCAGUAUUAUCGUAAACAUGACGUGUUAUCAAAUGUAAUAUGUAAGGGAUCAUCUUUAUACUUACGAUGAUUGCCACUUAAUAUUUUGUUAGAGAAAUAUGUAUGUAUACCUGGUAAAUAAAAAUUGAAAAAUUAAAUAUGCUGGAUUGGAA